AGCUAACUCCCCACUUCUAACGCAUCUAUUCCUAUUAUGAGGAAUAAAAUUGAACGUUAGCUCCUUUAGCUCCAGGCAGUUGGACGUUAGCUCCUUAUGCUAGUUAUGUCACCGCAGUAACUUCAUGGUUCAACUCUGCAAAAAGUGUUUUUUACAGCAUAAAACUUAAACGCAGUAGGUUCGACAUGGACGAGCCGGACACGGCAGCGAUCCUACCCGAAGACCUCCUCAGCGCCUCGUCAACGGAUGACCAGCUGUCCGAUUCUGAGGACCGCAAAGACGAAGCAGGUUUACCGACUGCAACCACCUCUGUGCCGCCGUCGUGCCGGUGCCCUGUCCCGGUGUCCGUGGAGCCGGUGCUUUUCCUCUCCAUAUUCUCCCUGGCUCUCCAGGCCCCUCUGACCACGCAGUACCUGUGGGACCGAAUUAGCGAGGACCUCGGCUACAAUGGCUCCAGGAGGUCAGAGUGCAGCAACAGCUCAGUGGACCCGGACCCGCUGCAAAAGGAAGUUGAAACUCUGACAGCUCACUGGAACCUGUACAUCAGCCUCGGGGGGUUUUCAGUCGGGCUCGUGAUUGUCCCUCUCCUGGGCUCGUGGAGCGAUGUAGCAGGCCGCAGAACCGUCCUCAUCCUCCCCAACUUCGGCCUGGCGCUGCAGGCCGUGGUCUACCUGGUGGUGAUGUACCUCAAGCUGCCUGUGGUCUGCUUUCUGGUGGGCCGGCUGCUCAGUGGCCUCUCGGGGGAUUUCAACGCCGUUCUGGCCGGCUGCUUUAGCUACGUGGCGGACAUCAGCGACAAGAGGUCCCGCACCUUCAGGGUGGCGGUUCUGGAAGCUUGUCUGGGCAUUUCAGGGAUGCUGGCCAGCAUCAUAGGAGGCCAGUGGCGCCGGGCACAAGGUUACAUCAACCCGUUCUGGCUGGUCCUGGCCACCAACUUGGCCUCAGCUCUCUACGCCUACCUGUUCAUCCGAGAGUCCGUCCGUCCGGACCCGAGCGCCAGGCUCCUCUCAGCUCGCCACUACAAAGCCGUCUGGCGCCUGUACUCCACAGGAGGCAUCAGCGGCGCAGGCGGCGGCGGAGAGCCGCUUCACAGGGGCAAGCUGUGGCUCUACACGCUCUGCUUCUUCCUGGUGGUGGCCGUUCACUUCGGCACCAGGGAGCUGUACGUGCUGUACGAGCUGAGCUCCCCGCUGUGCUGGGACUCGGCUCUGAUCGGCUACGGGUCGGCCGCUCUGAACCUGGCAUACCUGAGCAGCCUGCUGGGGCUGAAGGUCAUGCAGCGCUGCCUGCAGGACUCCUGGGUGGCUCUGGUGGGCCUGGUGUCCAACAUUACUGGGCUGGUGGUCUUCUCUGUGGCGCAUACCACCCAGCUUAUGUUCACAGGUUACGGCCUGUGUUUCCUCUUCAUGGCUUCCACUCCCGUCCUCAGGUCAAAGCUCUCCAAGUUGGUUGACCCAUCAGAACAAGGGGCCCUGUUCGCCUGCGUUGCCUGUGUGGAGAGCUUGUGUUUUCUCGUGGGCAGCAGCCUCUUUAACUCCCUCUAUCCAGCCACUCUGCAUUUCAUGAAGGGCUUCUCAUUCCUAUUUGCUGCCAUCGUCCUCCUCAUUCCUGCUGCAAUAAUUGGCGCUCUACAGUGUUUCGACCAGAGGAGGGAACACAGGGACUCUGCAUCCUGAGUGUUCAGAGCCGGUCCUGAUGGGACCCAUUUGUGGAGAUUCAGUACUCAUCUUGCCUGUGAUGCUGUUAGAAACUGGGAUCCUGUCAAACAUGAAGGCUGCUAUUCUGCAAAGGGAUUCUUCCCCCGAAGUGACACUAAAACGUCGAGACCAAAAAGUGAAGAAGCAACCAUGUGGGCUUCACACGAAGAGGUAAAGGUCUCACAUCAUUUAAUCAAGAUGUUCAGGGACAUGAAUAUUUUAUACAUUGAUUUGAAAUGUUUUUGUGUAGCACUCUACGUGCAUAAUGUUUCAGUGUGAAUUAUUGACUACAACAGCUAGCUACGGAAGCACAGUGUUGUUCAAUAAUAGCAACGUUCAAAUCACCUUUUAUUUCUGAUUAUAUAUCGAAAAUGGAGGCAGCUUUGACUGUGCCAGUUAAAUCUGUCUUUUAGAAAAAAAUUUGGAAAUUUUGCAAAAGAAAAAAAAAUAUUAUGUAAUAUUUAAUUCAUUUUUUUUUGUCCAUUUUGGGAUAAGUAAAGUAUUUUUUAAAUUGAAUUUAAACUAGUUGUAGAUCAGGAAACCCUUCUUAUGUGCUAUAAGCAAAUGAUUUUUUUACUUGAAUCCUUGUUGAUAGUUUUAACAUGUGACGUUUUGUCACAUUAAAAAGCACUUUGCCAAAAGCUAUGAAGAAAAAAAGAACAAUGUAUUCAUAUGAUUGUUUGUUUUGAAUUUUAAGUUUGACAUUUCUAAGCCAAUGAACAACAGUAAGCUUGAGUGUUGUGUUGGUAAUGUUUUUAUGCUGACAGUAACCUAUCAAAGAAGAUAAUGCACAGCAGAUGAAAAACUCCAAAAGUAAAUGUGUUUGUGUGACGGUGGCUCAGGAGGAGGUAGUCUGUCGUGUAACAUGUGGGUUGCUGGUUCAAACCCCUGUCACUGGUUCGACACUUCACCCGCCUUUCCUGAUAGUUGUGGUCAGAGAACCCAGUUGAACGGUGGCCUCACCUCCGUCAGACUGCUGUGGCUACAAUGUAGCUUAGUACCAUCAACAUGUGAAUGUGUGAAAGACUGAAUGUUGUAUGAAGCACUUUGGAGUCCUCUGGAAAAGAUAAAGAGCUAUACAUUUAC